CUUUCUUCCUUCAGAAAAAGGCUACAGGGCUAGUUUGCUCUACAGCCUGGGAGAACGUUCUUUUGGGGACAAGAAUCACCAGGAGCGAGGGACUCUAUCUGGCCUUCACCCCACCCUUCUUGAGCGAGAGAAUCCUCAGAGGGAGCGAUUGGGGGGUUCCCACCCUGCUUGUCCUGGUCAGGGGAAAGUUGCAUCACUGGAGACCCUCUCUGGGGGCCUUUCAUGAAUCUCCAUCAACGAUUCAGCCCGGCAAAUACAGGGCACCAGAAGACAAUGCACCCAGCCUCCAGUUGAGGACUCCCGGCUUUGAGCAGCCUGAGGCGCUUGCAUCCUAAACUGCAUCUUAGCUGCAUCUAAGGCUAGUAAGAGGUCUGCCUCCACCACCUUUCUUUGGCCUCUGCCUUUGGGAUCCCAGACAUGUCUCUCCAGCCGGUUACUGGUCCAAACUGGGACAAAAGCGCAGUCCUAGAAGUUUCUAAGGCCCUGAAAAUGUUUGGAAGCUCUAGAAGCCCAAAGAGAGACCCAAAACUAAAGACACCACAACUCGACCUCAAGGGAUCAGAAAGCAGAAUCUUGUUGGUCACAUUCGAAUCCCAGGGUGCAGAGAGAACGCUAUGACUAAAAUAGUCAUGAGCCAGUUUCUCAGCAAGAAAAGCAGCCCCAUUACACCCCACACCACUGUAGGAGGUGCGAGCCCAUAGGUGCGCUUUGAGAUUCGAGCUCGGUCAAGAACUGAUGCUAGACGGUGGCUACACCAUACGCGCCCUCGCGCUGUCCUGGAGGCUGAGGCCAUCUCUUCAUCGGUGUCUGUGUUCCCCCUCAGUCUUUCCCGCAGAAGGAGCUACUCCACAGACCGCAGUUGGCCCAGAAAGUCUGAUGUGGGUGCGACAAUGCCACCCCAGGUCUUGGGGCACUCAGUUCCCAGGCAGUGGUCCCGCCCCUCUCCGUCAGUCCCGCCCCCCAAAACCAGUGAAUCCAACCCGCACAGAGGCCCGCAUAUCGACUGAAACGACCAUUGGGUAGCAGCGCAUGAAAGCGCCGCCACCUUUUUAUAGGGUGCGGAGGGGCCCGAGAGCCAUCGAGCCCAGGGUCCUGGCAAAACAAGCCGCCGCUGCGCCUAGCGAGUACCAGCCGGGCGGCUAGCCCUACACCCGCCAUCCCAUGCAUGGCCCGGGCGACAUUCGACAUGAACGCGGAGGGGCUCGGAGCGCGCGGAGGGGGCCACGUAGGGCACGGACCACUCCCCUUCAGCGUCGAGUCACUGCUGGAGGCUGAGCGCGUAUCGGGUUCCGAGCCUGGGGAACUGGGGGAGGAGAGGCCGCCGGGUGCCUCGAAGCCCGGAGCUUGGCCCCCACCGGUCACGCACACGUGCCCCCCACGUGACCCCAGCCCUCCACCCUGCACUCUCCGCAAACACAAAAACAAUCGCAAGCCUCGGACGCCCUUCACCACCGCGCAGCUGCUGGCGCUUGAGCGCAAGUUUCAUCAGAAGCAGUACUUGUCCAUUGCUGAGCGCGCCGAGUUCUCCAGCAGCUUGAGCCUCACUGAGACUCAGGUCAAGAUCUGGUUUCAGAACCGCCGAGCCAAGGCCAAGCGGCUUCAGGAGGCUGAGCUGGAGAAGCUGAAGCUGGCAGCCAAGCCACUACUGCCGGCCUUUGCCCUGCCGUUUCCGCUAGGCACGCAGCUGCACAGCUCCGCGGCCGCAUUUGGCGGCGGCGCGGUUCCUGGGAUCCUAGCCGGGCCAGUCGCGGCUUAUGGCAUGUACUACCUGUCUUAGCCCAUGGAACCAAGUCCUAGCCUCUCGGGCUCAGGCUUGCGCCACACCUCCGGCCGCCGCUGAUGCUCCUGGUAAUUUCUGACCUUUAAGUAUCCCUUUCAUUUUAGCUUUUCGUUCUUUACUGUUCAUACUGUGUUAUAGUUGAUGACUGGAGCCUAUUUGUAGGCAUCUUACAAAUAUUUUAAACCUUCCUAAAAUCAUAUUCACACCUAUCUGUUUUCUGAAAGACAGUGAACUCAGCUUCAUACAGUCCUUGAAAUGGACAGAAGUAGAUCUUCCUACUUCGUACAAAGCGGCACCGAGGACUUUAGAGAGGGUCUUUUGGACUGGCAUAAACAUUCCCUAAAAAGAAAUUAAAAUAAAAAUGAGACAGUGGGACUGCUAGGAAGAAACUUAGAAACUAUCAUCACUUUAACUAAAUGUGGUAUGUUGUGACCAAAUGAAAAGUUUUGCAGUUGUUUGAGAUUUUACCCCAUUAUUUUUG